ACGUUUUCCCGUCUGUUUGGAGUCCUUCUCUCUCCCCCAUACACUUAGCCCCUUCAGGGACUCCCUUUUGGCCACCUCUCCUUCGUCCUGCGGCACCUGGGGUGGGGGCCAGAGAGUGACAUGUUGCAAAUUUUCACAGGAGCCACUAGCAAUGGCGUCUCAAAACUGAGAAAUACUUCGUGCUCGUCUUUUCGGGGACUCUUUUCUCUGUCCAUUCCCCGUGUUCAGGUGUUUCUAGUGCGGAAUUUGCCAGGGGAGCCUUUUAGGGAUAGUUGUGUGGAGUUUUCUGUGCAAUUUUGGAAGUGGAAGUGUGAUAAAUUGUCUGUUGAAGACAGUGUGGGUGAUUGAUCAAAUUGCGAAGAAGAGUGCACAAAAAAAAGCCAACAAUGGGGCUCAAUUGGUGAGAAACAGAGAGAAGAUGAAAAUCCGGAGCGGCCUCACUCAUACAGCGCCAGAAGAGCGACCUGAGAGCCAAGAGAGGCACUGAAUUGCUGGACAGUUGUGUCCGGACCUUCGGAUUGUGUAGGUGAGAGUUGUUGUCCGGGAAGGUGGGAAGAUGGCUGAGAUUGUGUCUCCGACGUCCAAUCUGCCACCUUCCGCGAGGAAAUCCACUCCAGACAUCAGUGAAGAGGAUGAGCUGGAGGCCUCAACGCACUCACAAGUUCUUCAGCGCAUGAAGACGGACAGAGUGGCGAUGACGAGACCAGAGGAGGAUCGACGAAGACGGACAAUUAUAGUGGAGAAGAAGAAUGGAUCUUAUGGAUUCACGCUUCAGAGCUACGGGAUUCACUACAAAAAGGAACAGGAGGUCGAAAUGAUCACGUACGUGGACUACGUGGAGUACGAUGGCCCAGCAUAUCGGGCCGGAAUGCGCGAGGGAGAUGUGAUCCUGUCGAUCAAUGGGACUGACAUGGAAAAAGCCGAUCACAAGACCCUUGUGACCUUCAUCAAGGAGUGUGAUACCCGAAUGCGAAUGGUUGUGCUGUUUGAAGACUGUGUACGCAAAGUAGAACUCCAUAUGCGCUACCUUCAGCUCCAAAAUGUGCUACAAGGGAAGAUGAGCGAACUGGAGAAGAUUUGCCUGCGCGAGAGGGAGCUUUUGGAGGGAAAAUGGAAGACCCAUAGUCUUCCAGCGCGAAAAAAGGCCGGGACGGGCGAAGAAGUGACUGAGGUGGCAGAACCUCUAGGAAAUCGUCCCAUUUCGACUGAAGAUGUUGGGGGUUUGGGAAAGCAACAGCAGAAGAAUCACUGCGUGGCGCCACCGCCGACGCAAAUGAUGCUAGCCUAUCGCUACUUAGACCCUCACUGUAGGUACAUUUUGCGUCCGUCAGCUUCCACGGGAAGCGGAGAGUAUCUCAUAAGUAUAGCUCCGGCUGGGCCACCGCCAGCUCAUCAGCAACGCUGCAAGAGUCAGCAGUAUCUGAGGAGAGUACCAUCGUCAGAUAACACUACAGCCUCAUCUCUGCCCGAUGACAAUACUCCAAAACGCUCUCAGGCUCAGGAUCAGCACAAAUCUAAGUCCAGUCGUCACUGUCAUGGGCAUUCCUGCAAUCCUUGCCAUUUCGGCAAGAGCAAAGCCAACAAUGGGGACAAUGUAAGCCUGGAUGCUUACGACUUGGCUAGUCCCUGUUGCGAAGCUCAGUGCAUUCCAGUGAGACGUAGAUCCAGGCAUCACAGCAAGGAUCACCAUCACAAGCACAAGCAUCGUAGCAAAGAAUCCAAGGAGCGUCAUCAACGCACACAGGUUACUCAACCUCCAGCUCCACCUCCACAGUUCGCCAAUCAUCAACCUCGCUAUUACGAUCUCAGUGCCGGGCUCGCGAGUCACUGCAGUCUGCAUUCCUGCACAUCCAGUGAAUUCGCCGCGACAACUGUUGAGGGUUCUGUGACAUCGUACACGACAUCCUUGAGCACAGACACUCUCUGGGAUCCGCACAGUGAGUCCUCAAGAGGUCACUCGGUGAAAUCCUCCACCGGGAAUCCCAGAUCUCGCGCUAGUGUCUCAUACUACGCUCAAGCGCCCCCUCAGGGCUUCCCCACGCGUUUCUACCCGCAUGCAGCCCAGAUUCAGCCCCUUCCGGGCUACGGAUAUGCCGUGCAUAAGCCCAAAUCCUGGGACAAUCUCACAACGAAGGCAAUCGGUGGGUAUGGCUUUGGCUAUGGCUACUUGGACACUGUGGCGCCCAAGAUGGCCCAUCAGCCACCCCAGAGACACUCAAUGCCCCGCAAGAUGACACCAGCCUACGAAAGGUACACAACCUUCUCGGAUGUGGAGAACUACGCUCCACCGCCAUCGCAGUUUGUCCAGCAGACAACGACAACCACCACCACAAUCAGUUUGGUGGGGGCGCCAAUGUGUGAGUGUCUCGAGGGCGCCACAGUAGCCAAGGGAACUGCCACAACCCAAGUCACACCUGGCCCUGCUGGCUACUACUCAAGCCUCCCGCCCAGAGCCCACGAUUCGGCCACUAUGCCAUCCACCACAGUGGCCGAGAUCACGAGGCUCUAGUAUUCCCCCCAGGGUAGAUAAAAAAAAGUGAAAAUCUAGUCAAGACUUGAGAGCUAAACAGUGAAUAAGAGCAUUCCUGCAAAUUCUCCCCAUUUUCUUUUUCUAUUAGAUAAAAUGCCUAGUUUAAGUGUAAAACUCAAUUUAUUACAAUUAAAUGUCCUUAGCAAAAA